AUGAAUGAAGAGAGUAAGGGUCAUGGUCACGGUGGUGGUCCGAGCAUCCGCUCUCGUCCCGAAUCGAAACUUCUGGUACAACAUGCAAUUGAUGAGCAGGAUGGAACUGAUAAAUUUAUGAGCGAAAACUUUCGAUUUUAUCUACAAAAAGUUGGCACUCUUUCGGAAAAGGAAGCCAUCGACACCCUCCUAAAUGUGGAAAAGAGCGAAUUCGAGCGGAUGCAUUAUGGACUAAUUUACGGAAUUUUGACAGAGCCGAACAACGCUCAAAAAUAUUUUUCACAUCUAGCGACUAUUACAUCCGCCCCAGGCCGAGGGGAACCAUGGGCUAUGUCAACGUAUGCGAUGUCUUUGGUCAUUGAUGAGCUUUUCCAUAAGAUGUUAAAACAUGUUAGAUAUCAAUUUCUAUUUCUUUUUAAAGAGGCUAUGCGAUUGGAUGUAAAUCAGCUUGAUGGGUCUAUGCUAGAAUUUGUACGAGGCCUUGGCGACGUUUUUGCAAUAGAUGAAAGGAACGCGUUGUAUGAUCAGUUUCUUGGUUUAUUAGAAGCAAACCGACAAUAUCUUCAUCAAUUGAAACCAACUUUGAGACGGGGUCACAAUCAGUUUGUUUCAUAUAUUGUGCACACCUGUACGCAUUUGAUAUGUGAUUUGCCGCCAAAUGGUCCAUUUGAGCCACUUCGUACAAAAGCGAUUGACCUCUUAAAUUGGUCAAUAAAAAACCGUGUUCAAGAUGUCGGGAUGCUGGGACGAGAUUUCAUUUUGACUUUGAUGCGCGGCUCGAAAGUAAAAGAGAUAAGCACAAUCUUCGAAGAUCUUCUUAAUGGAUCAAAUCGUUUUGAGCCGUUCCAAGGUUUCGAAGAUUUCAAAAGUCGAUCGCCUUGUUUGACGCUUCAACGUGUCAGCCCCAGUUUGCAAAAGAAACUGCAAUUUUUCUAUCAAAUUCCCCGCAACUCUUUUGAUCGCAUUGAAUGGUUCUGGAAGCUUCUUGAAGACGAUUAUUUACGGCCACAUGGUGAAGACAAUGGAUGGUUACGUGGAGAAAUUUUACGUUAUCUUCUAUAUUCACAGCCUCCUGCGCCACAGGAGCAACAGAUACAGCUUGAUGUGAAAUUGAACAUUUUGACACUACUUUUCUUGCAAGUAAAGCAAGAAUCUAUCGAGUUACAGUGGAUGAAAAUGUGCCUAUGGUUUGAUUGGUUAACGUUUGUCCCUCCACAACCAGGAAAACAAAUUCAGCCUCAAAUGCUAGGUCCUUUGCAAUUAACGUGGAACUUCAUACGCGCAUGUUUUAACAGUUCUCAACUGGCGAUCAUUACCCUCGGGAACUCUUGUUUGCAAUUUCUCUUGAAGGCUGCUGAAUUAGUCUGCCCCAAGCUAGCACCGAAGUUUCAAGAAUCUUGUGUUGGAGCUCUUUCUCUUCUACGUGAAACGCAAGGAAUGAACUUCAUUUCUCAAGUUUUGGAUAAUGCGCGUGUCGAUCGAUCGUAUCGAAAUCAACUGCGUGAAUACUUCAAGGAUUUUGUUCGUCAGCCAACGGUGCCAACACCAACCUCCAGCGAACCUCAACUUCAAGCUCAACCCCAGGUCAAGCUGGAACGUCCCGCUCCUGCCAUCGAAGAUGCGGAAGAGGCUAAUGAAGUGCGAGAUAAAUUUACCCAGGAAAAGAAAAAAGAACGUGAAGAGCAUGAUAGGGAAAUGGAAAAACGGCAAAUUACAAAUCGAGCGGUGCUAGAGGCUGAUGUAAAUGCAAACAAAGAAUCUCGGAUGCAAAGCUUGAAAGAAGUUAUGGAGCUAUUGGUCCCUGAUAUUAGAGAAGCAAUUACGAAAAUUAGAGAUGUUUUUAACGAUCCAUCAAAUGACGCCAUGAAGCGAUCUGAAGAAAUUCAGGAAUUAAUUAUGACCAUUUUAAGAACAGAAAGUGUCGUAGUUGAAUCUGAACAAUUGGAACUUGUUGGUCAAGCAGUUCAUUAUAUCCUUGGGCCACUAGUGAGUUGGGUAGACUCGGCACUGCCUGAAAAUCCCAAUCCCGACAAUCUGGAGGAAUGCUUCAAUGCUCCAAUCAAUGUUUUCUUCCGCAAUGUUGUUCGUCGAACCCACGACGACCCAACUCAUAGGAAUGCAAUAAUUCAAUUGAUUGCCGCGCUUCGUGACAAUAAUUCGGCUGUUGGAUACUUGUUAUUAUUCUUCUUAAAGUACGAGACUUUAAGUAAAGAUUCAAGUGAUCCAACUUCCCUGGACGUAUACAGCGACAUCGCACCUUUGGCAGAUGUAGAAGUAGAAGAAAUGCUUGCCGAUGAUCUGCAGGAAUGUGCCGUCACUGAUAUACGACUCUUUUCAUACUUGUUACCAUUUGUGUAUAGAUUCAAAGAGGCAUGUGGUAACGUUAAAUUGCUUCGAGUCGCGUGCAAAUUUUCUGAUCCAACCGACAUUUUGAAACUCAUUAGCGAAAUAACAAAAGAAAACAUGACAGUAUUCAAGAGGACCUCGUUUGCUAAUUUGUUAAUGUCGACGGCUGAUUGGGAAAUUACAGAACAAUGGGUGAUGUGGCAAUUAGUCCACGGGCAGGGUAUUUCUGUUGAAUGGUGUCUUCCGUUAGUUUCACGAGUCGAUGCUGUACGUCACCAAGUACUUGCCACAAACCUACUUUUGAUGUUUAGGAGAUUAGAAAGAGAACCGAAUAUGGCCAUGAUUAAAGCAAUCUUUCAAAGACCUUGUGAUUCUAACGAUCAAGUGGCCAUUGAUAUGUUGAAGAUACUGAUUGCUGAUGAGGAGGUUUGUAUCAAAGUCUGCGAAAUCAUCAAUUCAAUUUUUGAAAAAGGAAUUCAGGGUGGUGAUUAUUUGCUCCAGGGAGGCAAACAAAAAUUGGGGCAGAAACAAACAAAAUUAACUUUGGAACAGGUCGUUGCGCAUUUACAGAACUUUGCUCAUCGUUGCCUAUACAAAGAUAGCCAUCAGGCGGAAGACUUUCUUUCAAGAUCCGAAUUGCGAGAUGCGUUCACGCUGAUCACAAAGUCAAAGGAGAACUGGGCAACAAAGUUGCGGGAAAAGUACAGCGAUAUUUUCACGACAGUGAUGGAACUACGUGGAGGUGGAGAGAUUGCCACGAGGAAUCUCAGACAUGGGCGAAGGGCCGGUGGGCAAAAAAGAGAACGCGGAGCGACGGCGUCAGAAUCGGAUGAAGUACAUCAACCACGCCCGAAAAAGAGUCAGAAAAAUGUGAUAGAAUCUGAAGACGAAGACGAU